AAGCAGACCAAUUGGCGGGAGAGCGCUCGUGAAUAAUUUUCAUUGUUCCCGGAAAGAAUUCUACCAAUUGCAUUGAUAUUGUAAAUUGUAUUUCAUUGUAAACAAAACAGUAUGACAGAUAAAGACGGAGAAAGCUUUGAUGACGCAGUUGAAGAGAGGGUUAUAAAUGAAGAGUACAAAAUAUGGAAGAAGAACACGCCAUUUCUGUACGAUCUGGUGAUGACACAUGCCCUUGAAUGGCCAAGUCUCACUGCACAGUGGCUCCCGGAUGUGACCAGACCUGAAGGAAAAGAUUAUUCAUUACACAGACUGAUUUUGGGAACACAUACUGUGACGCUGCCAAGUUCAGAGACAUUUGGCCAAGCAGAACAAAACCAUCUUCUCAUUUGCAACAUUAAGCUGCCUGGUCCUAAUUCACAGACUGAGGAGUCCAAUUACCCGGAGAAUCGUGGAGAAUUUGGUGGGUUUGGCAGUGUGAGUGGGAAGAUAGAAAUAGAGAUCAAGAUAAACCAUGAAGGCGAGGUAAAUCGGGCUCGUUUCAUGCCCCAGAACCCCUGUAUUAUUGCCACCAAGACGCCCUCCAGCGAUGUGCUCGUGUUCGACUACACUAAACACCCAUCAAAACCAGAUCCGAGUGGAGAAUGCCAGCCGGAGCUGCGACUGAAGGGCCACCAGAAGGAAGGCUAUGGCUUGUCAUGGAACCCAAACAUGAAUGGCCACCUUCUCAGUGCUUCUGAUGACCAUACCAUUUGUCUUUGGGAUAUCAACACAACCCCAAAAGAACACAGAGUUGUGGAUGCAUUCACCAUAUUCAUGGGACACACUUCAGUUGUAGAGGAUGUUGCCUGGCAUCUUCUGCAUGAAAGCCUGUUUGGUUCUGUGGCAGAUGAUCAAAAGUUAAUGAUCUGGGACACCCGGUCUAACAAUGUCAACAAACCGAGUCACACAGUGGAUGCCCACACGGCCGAGGUCAACUGCCUCUCCUUUAACCCUUACAGCGAGUUCAUUCUGGCUACAGGCUCUGCAGACAAGACUGUUGCCCUGUGGGACUUGAGAAACUUGAAGCUAAAACUGCACUCCUUUGAAUCUCAUAAGGACGAGAUCUUCCAGGUGCAGUGGUCGCCCCACAAUGAGACUAUCCUAGCAUCCAGUGGCACAGAUAGGCGACUGCAUGUGUGGGACUUGAGCAAGAUAGGGGAGGAACAGUCGGCAGAAGAUGCUGAGGACGGACCACCAGAACUCCUGUUUAUCCAUGGCGGUCACACGGCCAAAAUAUCUGACUUCACUUGGAACCCUAACGAGCCAUGGGUGAUCUGUUCUGUCUCCGAGGACAACAUCAUGCAAGUCUGGCAGAUGGCUGAGAACAUUUACAAUGAUGAAGAACCAGAUGCGCCUGCCAGUGAACUGGAACAACAGACCUCAUGAAUGUGAACGUGAAAACAGACUUGCCCCCCCACACUGUGGGCUGAUGACUAGCUAGUAUGGCCUGGCUUAACAGCCAAUGUAUGACAAAUUUGAAAUCGUUAAGUCAACAAAACUAGACCUUUGUUAAGUAUUUGGUUUACACAGUCUCAAAUGGAAAUCUAUAUAGAUUCAUUAGAUUUGAUUUCAGACAUACAUUGUAGUUUGGGAGGGUCGUAACUAUUGUUGGCAAAACUGGUGGCCCAAUCCCUUUGCAUGCUUGAUUUUAUUAUGACAGUUUCAAUAUUGUGUCGAUCUUUGCAGUGAUAUUCUCAUUGUCAAUUGUGUUCUCAUGCAAUAAAACAUCAUUAAAUUCACAUGUAGUCCAUGACAAAUCAAAUGGUUUUGGAACAAUUAUUUUAGAAUUUGUCAUACACUGGUUGAUAUGCAGGGCCCAUUUUGUACAUUAUACUCAAUCAUGUGAAACUGUGGAUCAAGUGCUUACUAAUUACUAUUGUUUAAUGCACGUAUUUGCCAAGAUGUCAGUGUUUCAUUAACUUAUGUGUGUUAGUGUUCCACUAAAUUAAUUCUGGUGCAGUAGUAAUUUAAUAUGGAUUUACAAGUCAUGAAAGGCAAUCUUAGAGACAAGUACCGUGGUAAAAACAUGAAAUGUUGAAUUUUUAACUUCAGUAUUCAUUAAAUGUCUUGAUUCUUUGUUAUUCAUUUAAUCGUAGUUUGAUUGCUGUUGUAAUGACCAUUUGCUUAAGAUAAUAUUGUAACAUAAUUGUAAAACAAUGCUGUCUUUAAUAAAGAUGUAAAUGUA